AUGCCCAAGGCGGGCUCGUCACGCCGCGCGCCGACUCGCGAGCCAUCCAGCGAAGACGAGCUGGCAGACGACCCUUCGCUCCAGCCCGCACCGCCUGCGAGUCCCUUGCGCGCCGCUGUCAGCAAGGGGAAGAAGCGAGGUCCCGACGCCAAGGCAGUCGCUCCCGCACCGCCCGGCAGUCGCGCUACGAAGCCUUCCCUGACUCGCAGGACAAGUGCGCAGAAGCCGCAGCCUACGCGAAGGCGCAGCACGGCCGAGGACGCGGGACCUUCGACUGCCCUAGCUGCUCUCGAGCGCUUCCGUUUCAAGGGUGCGGCAGUCGCGAAACUCGACCCGAAUACGAUGAGCGAUCCUUCUUCGCCGGGUCCGAGCGGACCGAGCAAGACUGCGCGUCCGCCGAAGCGUCUCGACGAUGCCGCCGUUUCCGACCCCUCGCCUGCUCUCGAGCUUCGCCGCAAGCGCUCCUCGACUACCGCAUCGCUUCCUGACGAGUCGAAGGAGAAUUUCACGACCAAGCGCCGUCGGACCGAGCCGGUCUUUGUGAUUCCUGACUUUGACGAGGACGGAAACCCUGUCGAGAUUGAGCGGGAGACGUCUCUCUCGCCAGCUGCUUCCGCAUCGACACCCGCCAAGCCUUCCGCUGCUCUCUACGAUGCGGACGCCCGCCAACUUCAGUCGUCCCCUCCACGUCCGCAGACCAGCACUUUGAAGCAGCCGACCGACGGACAACCUCGUGCUCUUUCCGCACAGACCUCGCCGCUCCGCCAGCUUCCGUCGUCCAUCGAGCUCCCUACGCAACUUGCGAUUCGCCUGAUGCGCCAGCCAGAUAAGGCUGAGCACGCUCACCCAGCUUCCGAGCCUGCCGAAGUGGGCGUCCGUCCUCCGCCCUCUUCCGCCAGCGCGCAUCUUACGAACGAGCAAAAGCAGGCGGUUGACGAGAUGAUGGCUGACCUCGAAGGGAUGGAUGCGGACGCGUUUCAGGAGCUUGAGGAGACACAGGAGCGCGAAGAGUUCGCUGGAGAAGCCGGUGAAGCGGGUCGCGAGGAUGCGGGCGAGGAUCCCGACAAGACUCUAGUCGACCCUCCUCUCGCCGAAAUCGACGCUCUCGUCAGGCCCGACAAGCUCGCCGAGCCCGCCUUAGCACAAAGUAUCACCCAGCCUACUGAGAGGGCGGACCGCACCAAGGGCGCGCCCGAUGUGACGACCGCUCACGCCCAAGCCGCCGACACCGCUUCUUCCGCCUCGCCUACGCGCCGCCUUCAAGUCGGCGCCGAUCCUCGCUCGCCUGUCCCCGUAGCUCGGGACUUCUCUCCCAGUCGACUGCCUACCUCUCCGGCUCAAGCCCGCCUAGCCAGCCCGCAACCCCUCCAUCGUCCAAUUAAUCCCCCUCGCCCGCCUCCAGCCUACCGCCUCGUCCCGCUCAGCAUCGACGGCCUCGUCUCCCAUCUCCGCGAAGUCGUCUCCGCCUCAUCCCGAUCCAGCACGAAAGGCGGCUUGUUCGAGGUCGAAUACCUGCGCGGCGAAGUCAGCCGUCUCAUUGAACAGCUCGAGGAGCGCGACGAGGUGAUCAAGUCGCUUGCGGAGCAAGUCAGGGACGCCGAGCGCGACGCUGCAGAGCGGAACGAGCGCGAGGAGGCGUGGGAGGAGGAGAGGCAGGCGUUCGAGAGGAAGGUCGACGUCUUGCGUGAGGUCAGACGCGGUCUGCUCGGGCAGGUUAAGGAGCUUGAGGGGCGAGUGGAAGAGCUGGAGAGGGCGUUGGCAUCGACGAAUCAGGCGGAGGACGGAGGAGGAGGCGGCGCGGCAGACGAGCGGGACGAGAACUUGUCUGCGGGAGAGCCAGAAGGUCACGAGUCGGCGGAUGCGGGUACGGAGACGACGGCGCCUGCGUCGUAG